CACCCCUCCUACCCUCGCUCUGUCUUGAAACAUGCUUUAAUAGAGAAAGUAUGCAAUGCAUACUGCUCUGCUACAACCCCCCAUUAUACUGCAACUGGGGUAUUCGUGACUGGACGUCUGGGGGGAUCACACACAUUUCCGAUUAGAGGAGGAAGGAGAGAGAGGGGAAGAGAAAGAGAGAGGGAGGGAGAGAGAGAUUGUCUUUUCAUUACAGCCAAUGAGACGGUGGAUAAAGUGAGCUUUUCAGAGUUGUGCAAAGUGAGUGAGCUGAACUUCCAGGUGAAACUGCAAAAGCGACUCGGGCUCCUGAUACUCAGCUCUUCUCCUCUUGAAGCCCUCGAGGCCGCUCCUCCAGGCUUUGAUGCCCACACCCUCUAGAGCAGGUGGACAGACACAGGCAUGAGUGACAGUGGGACCAAAGAGCCGUCUCCCCCGCCGACCACUGACCAGUCACCUCCUGAACCACCGCGCAGGGGGAGGGGUCGGCCGAGGAAACAGCAGCAGGAGCCCGUUGGACCCCCGACUCCAAAGCGACCGAGAGGACGACCGAAAGGCAGCAAGAACAAAGGCCCCAAAAUUGCACCCAAGGUAGAGCCUGUUGGGGAGAGACGACCACGCGGGCGACCCAGGAAAUGGCCUCAGAGAGUAGUUCAAGAAGUAACUGAAGAGCAGCAGGGCCCUUCAGGCGAGGCAGAGGAGGGCCCUUCGCAGCGCUCGUCAUCUCAGGUUAUGCCGCAGGAGGAAGGGAAGUAGACAUGUCACCUCUCGACCUACCUCAAGGUUUGGCCCUCAAACAAACAGGGGUACCAUGUGACUCCUAUCUGUGAUGGGGAUUCAGGAACACACACACAUAUACACACUCACACACAAUCAUUGCAGACCGUGGUUUCUUCUCAAAAGGAGUAAUCUAACCUGGAUUUGUUGGUUUGGUGUUUUAACAUUGAAGAAUUUAAUUGGAAAGGGCUUUCAUUAAUGUCAUAUGUAGUAGUUCUCACAUUUUGGGAAAUACGCUCCACCACUCUGCAGGAAAAGGAAAAGGUUUCUCAAAAUAAGUGUACUUCCCAAAUUGUUGGACUAUUCCUUUUUAAGAAUGCCUUGCCUUCCCACGCCUUUCAGCCUGUGUGUGUGUGUGUGUGUGUGUGUGUGUGUGUGUGUGUGUGUGUGUGUGUGUGUGUGUGUGUGUGUGUGUGUGUGUGUGUGUGUGUGUGUGUGUGUGUGUGUGUGUGUGUGUGUGUGUGUGUGUGUGUGUGUGUGUGUGUGACAGGUUCGCAGGCUAAAAUGAGCGGAAGGGUUAAGAAGAAAAAAAAAGGAACCAAACUGAACCUUUUGGUUGAAACGUGUUUCUGACUGGAGCACCUUGAAACCUUGCGGGAAAUGGGAGCAAGGUGGUGACAUUUUGAAUAAUGUUACAAUAUGAACAUGUGCGCUGAAGUCAUUAUUAUGAAAGUAGACGUGAAAGGUUCUUAUUCCAAAAUGAAACGUCCAACUUUGGAGGGAGAAAAUGUCAAUGUAAGAAAAGUAUUCAGAUCUUUAAUAACCUCAGUGAAAUGCAUUUUUUUUUCCCUCCCAACCAGCAGCUAAUGUAAGAAAAAAAGGAAAAUACCCAAAGUUUUAAAUGGAUAUUUCAUUUUUGAUCAGCCUUUCAUGUUUACUUGAGUCAACAGCAGUGUUGACGCAUCAUUUUACCACACUCAGGAUCUCAUUAUUACAGUGCUUUUACACCAUAUUGAAAACCUCAGGUACAAAACUAUUCAGGAACAUGUCGUCAGUCUACUCAGUAAUAAUUAUUGUGCUGUGUUUGUUGUGCAUUUCUGAUCUGUAUUUGACAUUACCAGUAUGCCUUGACACAAAGACCUCAUUCAAACCUCAGUUACCCUCAGUUUCUUAAUCUCUCAUUCUACCUCAGCUACACAAAAACACAGAUGAUCUCCAGCAUAGUCAUUCUCCAUUCCCUCGGCAGUGACACACGCAAACACACGCACACACACACAAACACAGGUUCAUGUGCAGAUAUACCACAUCGACAGACAAAUGGUUUUCAGGGCUACACUCAAACAAACACACAGGGGUAGGGCUGGGUGAUACGGCCAAAAAUGAUAUUGAGGUAAAAAUGUUCAUAUCAGUCCGUAUUGAUAAUUAUCACGAUAAUUAUCGAUAUUGUUUCAUCACCCAGCCCUACACAGGCGUUACACUGCAACAGGUGAUUUUACUCUCCGUGUACAAAUAAAAAGCAUCAGUGUCAAUUCUAUUAAAAACGGUACUUGUUAAAAGAUGGUGUGAGACUUGGUUUGGUCUCCUGGGAAAUAAAAUGCAGCCAAUAGUUUACAACAACUUGAUGAAAUACUUGCUUUUUAGGGUGUAGUUCUGUAUGAAAUACUUGUUUUAUUUUUUGUAUGUUUGUUUUCUGGGUCUGAUACUCUGAUAUUUCAAUUUUUACUACAUCAUGUAUUCUCAUACACUGUAACUUGUAUGUGUGACAAGGAAGGGCGGCAAAUACAACCACGCUGACCUUGUAUGAAAAUAGCUUGAAAUGAAAUGAAUUCUGGGUAAUUAAUCAAUACUCAGUAUCGCAUCAGGAACCCUUUCUUUGUAUGACUGAUUUUUUUAGGAAAAAAAUGGACCCAAGUUUUACCUUUCUUUCUUAUCUGGCUAAUAAAAACAAGGCCAUAACUUUUGUUGAACAGCUACAACAGUGGUCAGUGUGACAGUGAUGGUUUAAAGCUAAAUGCUAACGUAUAAGUUAACAGGAGCAGGUGUGUCUUAAACAGCUUUGGGUGCCAUAGGCAAAGGGGACUUAGAGGGCCCUACACAAUUGUCAUUGCUGUGGACUAAUGUUAUCAGCUGUUCUCAGGGGCCUCAGGUCAGUGUGGGGCCCAAGGAAUUGUCUGCUUUGUGAACCCUGUUGCAACGCCUCUGUGCAAUAGCACAAGUAGAAUGUAGUAUGCUAACAGCUACCAAAAGUCACUGGUCUUACUAUAACAAGUGAUGAUACAACAGAAAUAAUAUUGGAUUGAACAUGUGUCUUAUUGCUUGUCUUUUAUUGCUUAUUAAUUCAACUUAUUGCUUAUUAGUUCAAAAUUGCAUGUGUGGGUUUUAUUUCAAAAGUUAUUGCCUUGCUUUUAAAGAUCAGCUCACCCAAAUUAUGAGAACACAGUGGUGUCCAAACAUGCAAGUAGCUUCGGCUCUUCUUUUUCAAGUUUUAACAUAUCUGCUCUUUGGAUGUCUUGUGAUGGCCCUAAAAAUGGAAAUGUGUUCAUGGUCACACUGAUGUAAACGUUUAAUGUAAUUUGGGAGAACCAUUUACUUUCUAUAAAGACAGACGACACAUCUCCACUUCCCCCCCACUAUCCAGAAAUGAAGCCCAAAUAAAGCCAUCUAUUUGGAGCCUGAAUCUGCGCAGCAGUUAUCAGGGAACGGAGCCGCGGUAGCUCAGACACACCCUUGACCAAUCAUGAGUCUGUCUCAGCUGCAUAGCAUUAUAGCAUCAAAUAACAUAUUAAAACCAAAUGAACAAACAUCUGUUUGAUAAGAACAAUCUAAAAUGAUUACAACCAUCUUUGAGAAAAGGUUAAUUGAUGUAAACUUUGACUUCUUAGUUUGGUCCAUAGCCCAUCGACUAACAUGGAGGAGAGUUUAUGCUACACUCCAGGCAGCCACCAGGGGGGCGAUCGAGAUGCUUUGGCUUCACUUUUGCUGAGUAGUCUGUCAUCCAUCUUUAUAGACAGUCUUUGGCGAGAACCCACACUUUAAGGUGAACUAAUUACAAAGAGUAGUACAUUUAAUGUGUAAUGAAUAGUAACAAUUCAGCAUUUAUUCUUAAUUUAGCAACUGAACAACUAGUCAUAUAGUAAUACUGGUAUUUUGGAGAGAUUUUUACAUAGAUUUCCAAAUGUUUUUUUGUUUUGUUUUUUGAUAAAGAGGUUGACCAGCCUCUCUUCUGUUUUUACAAAAAAUGUUAUCGAGACUUUGAUGGUCGGACAAAUGCAAACACUUCAACUUCAUUAAAUUGAGUCCAGUGUCAUCAUGGGAGGACGUUACCCAUCAUGGACAACUUAUCACUUAGUAGUUAUUACGUGACUUGAAUAUCACCCUUCAUUUACUGUAUAUAUUAAGUGUUAAUUCACUAAAACUCACUUAUGUUAUCACUGAUGUGUUGUAUCCCAAUAAUUUUAUGUAUUUCAGCAUUGUUUACUAAGUUACUGCCGGAAGAACUCAUUUCAGUUACAGUUUUCUUGUUCAACUGCAUUGACAUUUACGUUUUAUUUUUUGUUGGCCCUCCGGACUACCUCUGAAAACAAACACGCCUGGGUCGUCUCUGAGGAAACGUUUCCAUCAGAGCUGCAGGUGACGUGGAUGAAAUCUUGAACUAACUCUCAAACUAGUACUGUCGUAGUCCACUCAUCUCAUCUCACUACAUUCAUGUCACCAUAAGUGAAUGGAAGUCAGCCUCUUCAUUUUAAUUACAGCCAAGUCAAUGUUUGUUAUUUUACACAAGCUGUGUUUGGAUAUUACAAUAAAGUAUCAGGGCCACUUACAGGGAAAAUGUCUGAGAAUCAUGUCAUAAGAUUAGGAGAAUAAAGUCAUAGUAUUACAAGGAUAAAGUCGUAAUUUUAGACUUUUUUCAAAGAGGAAUAUCAAAAGAUCAGCCUCUCACUUGUGUUAAAAUGAGGAAGAAACAAUGAGAUUGGUUAUCAAGAUUGUGGAUCUUUCUUUUUCUUGAAACAUCCUCACUUUUUUUCAUUUGAUUACAACUUAAAUCUUGAAAUAUCCUGACUUUUUUUCUCUCAUUAAAUUUCAACUUUAUUCUUGAAAUAUCACUUUUUUCUCAUUAAAUCUGACUUUAGUCUCGUAAUAUUAUGACUUUAUUCACAAAAUCGCAGAUCUUUUUUCUUCAAUAUGGCUCUAAUACUCUGUCGUUGGAUAUUUACACUCAAUAUGGGGACAAUGUUUUUAUGUGAUCUUACUGAUAGUGAUAUCGUUAAAUACAGUACUUGAUCCAUUUUCAACUAUUGAAAGGUUGAAGUGUAACUUGAGCAAUCAUAUUGUAUGCCUUACUUUUAACACCAAUUUGUAGUGAUAUUAUUGAUGUGACCUCAUCCACUUCUUUAAUUGAACUCACAAACCUGUGAUAUAUAUAUUUUGUUAUGAUUCUUUACCAUGUGAUUUAUGUUAUUCUGCUUCUCUAUCGCUUACCAAUAAAAUAUCACACCUA